GGCAGAACAGGAUGAAAUGUAUCAAAACAGACGUCAAACGCUGUACCUGUUUAAAGGAGCCGUGAGCCAGGAGGAAACGCUCGCUAACACUGCCUGUGUGCCAAAGAAAACUGCAGGAAUGGUACUUUGAAGUGUUUAAGAAACCGCUAAACUAUUUUGAAGACAACUUCAGACUUGAAGAAGUGUAUUUAAAGAGGUUUAUGAAAUGAAAACGCAAGCAGAUGCGCGCAACCGAGAAUAUUAAAGCGCGAGGAUGAGGAAAACAAUACGGGCUAAUUAAGGAAGCGGUCGGAGUGGGAAUUUCAUUUUGUGAAGAGCCGGACAAUGGCUUGAUUUUGUUUUUGUUGAGCUUUUUUUCUGGAUUUUUUGGGGCUGCGAAGACGCUGCAUUCAUGACUGAGCGGACGGAGAAGAAAGUUUACCGCGUGGGAUAUUUCAUUUUAUGAAAGUGUUUCGUUUUGUCGUCUGUCAGCGGAGCCACCUGUUUCUGUGCGGAUUUUAUUGAUUCAUCAUGUCCAAAGUGGUACAGAAGAAGAAUCACUGGACCACCAAAGUUAACGAGUGCUCGGUCUCCAAGGACGCCCGUGGCGAGCUGAACGUGCAGCUGCUCGGCGGCGCGGAGAACGGAGAGUUCGCCUAUAUCGGACUCGUUAACGAGACCGCCGUACAGUAUAGAAAUGGGAAAGUGUCCGACGGGGAAUUACUGCUGGAAGUGGAGACGCUUUCUGUCUCUGGAUUGCCGCUGUAUGAUGUGCUGACAGUGAUCAAGAACUGCAAAGGACCAAUAAGGUUAAAAACUGUGAGGCAAGGACAUAAACUCAAUAAAGACCUGAAGCACUACCUGAGCCAGAGGUUUCAGAAGUCCUCCGCCGAUUAUGAGCUUCAGCAAACCAUACGAGACAACCUCUACCGCCACGCUGUGCCUUGUACAACUCGCCCCCCUCGUGAAGGAGAGGUGCCGGGAGUAGAUUACAAUUUCUUGUCAGUGGACGAGUUCCUGAAGCUUGAACAGAGUGGGACACUGUUGGAGAUCGGAUCUUACGAAGGUAACUAUUAUGGCACACCCAAGCCGCCUAUUAAGCCCCCUAGUGGCAAAGUGAUCACUGGCGAUGCUCUUCAAGACAGCCUUCCCGGAUCCCAGCCGUCCACCCCGCGCCGCACCAAGUCUUACAAUGAGAUGCAAAAUGCUGGAAUAGUGCCUACAGAGACUGAGGAUGAUGACGAGGUUCCUGAAAUGAACAGCAGCUUCACAGGAGACUCGAGCGAACCGGACGAUCACCCCUCCGUGAGGCCCUUCGCCCGCGACCACCUUCAACCCUACGGGCUCAACAACACCUCGGCGUCAACCACGGAGAGCUCUCAGAACACACACACACACCCCGCCUACCCCACGGAGGAGGACCCGCUGGGCCCUCUACCUGAAAACUGGGAGAUGGCGUACACGGAGAAUGGAGAGGUCUACUUUAUAGACCACAACACAAAGACAACAUCCUGGAUCGACCCUCGAUGCCUGGACAAACCUCAGAAACCCCUAGAGGAAUGUGAAGAUGAUGAAGGGGUCCAUACAGAGGAGCUGGACAAUGAACUAGAGCUGCCAACAGGCUGGGAGAAGAUCGAUGAUCCAGUGUACGGGGUGUAUUAUGUGGACCAUAUUAACAGGAAGACGCAGUAUGAGAACCCAAUUCUGGAAGCUAAAAGGAAGAAGCAACUGGAGCAGUCUCAACCCGCUGAAGAAUGGAUAGACGAGCAUUCGUCAGGAGCACCGCUAGCGAGCUAUGCUGCUAACCACCAAGAGACUUACAGAGACCCCGGCACCGGCCCUCCACUACCAACCCAACUGGGGGCUAAACGAGGUAAGCCAUUUUUCACAAGGAACCCUGCAGAACUGAAGGGGACAUUUAUUAACACCAAGCUAAAGAAGAGCAGACGUGGGUUCGGCUUCACUGUAGUAGGAGGAGAUGAACCCGAUGAGUUCCUGCAGAUUAAGAGUCUUGUGCUCGAUGGACCCGCUGCUUUGGAUGGAAAGAUGGAAACGGGUGACGUUAUUGUAAGUGUGAACGACACUUGCGUCUUGGGUUACACACACGCCCAAGUUGUGAAGAUCUUCCAGUCAAUCCCUAUUGGCUCUAUGGUCGACCUUGAACUCUGCCGUGGCUACCCUUUGCCCUUUGACCCUGAUGACCCCAACACCAGCCUGGUGACUUCGGUGGCCAUUCUGGACAAGGAGCCAAUCAUCGUCAAUGGAAAAGAAAGCUACGACUCGCCAUCCAGCCAUGGUAGUGAAACUACAGCUGGUGGCAGCAGCUUGAAUGGCUCCAGUGACCCUCCUCGCCCCCAUAGCCCUUCAGCAGAGGUGGCUUCCAAUGGCUCUCACGGUUAUCCCAGUGAUGUGGUGACUUUGGCGUCCUCGAUUGCCACCCAGCCAGAGCUUAUUACUGUCCACAUGGAGAAGGGCGAUAAAGGGUUUGGCUUCACAAUAGCAGACAGCCCGUCUGGAGGAGGCCAGCGAGUGAAGCAGAUAGUGGAUUACCCACGAUGCAGAGGCCUGAGGGAAGGUGACAUCAUCAUGGAGGUGAACAAGAGGAAUGUGCAGAACCUGACGCACAAUCAGGUGGUGGACCUGCUCAGCAAGUGUCCUAAAGGCAGUGAAGUGACCAUGCUGGUGCAACGAGGGGUGGCACCUGCGAAGAAGAGCCCCAAACUGCAACAGUUGGAGCGCAAGGACAGUCAGGGCAGCUCCCAGCACAGCGUGUCCAGUCAGCGCAGCAUCCACACAGACUCUCCUCUCCACGCCUCCCAGGCCCUGCUCAACGAGUCGGCCGCCCCACCGCCCCCAUCCCAGCCCCUGCCCAGCCUGCCCCAGGACCCUCCAGUAGACGGAACUCUCCAAAAGAAGCCAGAUCCCUUUAAAAUCUGGGCCCAGUCCAGGAGCAUGUAUGAAAGUAGGCUGCCUGAUUACCAGGAGCAGGAUAUCUUCCUGUGGAGGAAAGAUACCGGCUUUGGAUUCAGGAUCCUGGGAGGAAAUGAACCUGGUGAGCCGAUUUAUAUUGGCCACAUUGUGAAAUAUGGAGCUGCCGAUGAAGAUGGGCGUCUGCGAUCAGGAGAUGAGCUAAUUUGCGUGGAUGGAACGGCCGUUGUUGGAAAAUCUCAUCAGCUCGUCGUUCAGCUCAUGCAACAAGCUGCAAAACAGGGUCACGUCAACCUGACCGUGAGGCGCAAGACUGGAUACGGACUGGCAAAGGUGGACGGUGAGAUGCCUCCUUCUCCAGCCUCAUCUCACCACAGCAGCACACAGGCCCCGUCUCUGACCGAGGAGAAGCGCACGCCGCAGGGCAGCCAGAACUCCCUCAACACGGUCAGCUCUGGGUCAGGUUCCACCAGCGGUAUCGGCAGCGGAGGUGGCGGGGGCAGCAACAACACAGUCAUUCCCAAUGCAAUCCUGCCCUACGAUGUAGAGAUCCAGCGCGGAGAGAACGAGGGAUUUGGAUUUGUCAUUGUGUCGUCGGUGUCGAGGCCUGAGGCGGGAACUACUUUCGCUGGAAACGCAUGUGUGGCAAUGCCUCAUAAAAUAGGUCGCAUCAUCGAGGGAAGCCCAGCUGACCGCUGUGGAAAACUGAAAGUCGGAGACCGGAUCCUGGCUGUGAACGGCUGCUCCAUCACCAACAAGUCCCACUCGGAUAUCGUCAACCUGAUCAAAGAGGCUGGAAACACAGUGACGCUGCGGAUCAUUCCAGGAGACGAGUCCUCCAAUGCAUCACUGCUGACCAAUGCUGAGAAGAUUGCAACCAUCACCACCACACACACACCUCAACAACAAGCUGCACCUGAGCCAAGAAACAACACCAAACCAAAACAGGAGUCUUUUGAGUUCAAAGCCCCGCAAGCGCCACCUCCUCCAGCUCCAACACAAUCUUCAAAUCAGGAUGCUGAGUUUUACUCUGUGGAUCUGGAGAGGGACAAUAAAGGCUUUGGUUUCAGCCUUAGAGGGGGUCGAGAAUACAACAUGGACCUGUAUGUGCUGAGACUCGCUGAGGAUGGAGCGGCUGUCAGGAAUGGGAAGAUGAGGGUUGGAGAUGAGAUCCUGGAGAUCAAUGGAGAGAGCACCAAGGGCAUGAAGCACGCCCGCGCCAUUGAACUGAUCAAAAACGGUGGCCGAAAAGUCCACCUGGUCCUAAGGAGGGGGGACGGCUCGGUGCCAGAAUAUGACGGCAUCAACGACGGCAACGGCCUCGGCGCCGGUGCACAAACUGUUUCGGAAGUGAACUCAGCUCCUCCCGAAAGUCGGCCCCACCCACCAUCGGAGUCCAGCUAUCCACCAGACCUUCACAAAUCAUCCCGAAAUGACAACAAAAGGACACGGGAGUCAGGCCAACGGGAGCAUGGUCACCGGUCAAACCACCGCCACAACAACCACAGACACCGCUCCCCUGAAAAGAAGAGCAGGAGCAAAGGGCACGGUAAGGACAGUGGAACUUCAAAGUCUCACAGGAAGAAGGGGGACAAGAAGAGAUCUAGUACGGAUGACUCACAUCAUCACCACCACCACCACCACAGCAACAGCCGCCAUCACCACCAGAGGCACCGCUCCCCAGAGAGGCGCAGAGCUCGAAGUGCCGGGGACACCUUAGACAGCAGACACACCCAGAGAAACGGACGCUCACCAGACAGACGGCACCAUCGCCACUCUUCCCCUCGCAGACACAGCUCACCUCAUCGCUCACCUCACCGAUCUGGUUAUCGCCGAAGCUCUCCUUAUCGCAACAGAUCCCCCUAUCGCUCCCCUCAACGCUCCAGAUACCAGUCUCCCUCAAGACGUCCCACGGAUAAAGAGUUCGACAGGGGGAUGGAUGUGACCCUAAAGGAGCCUCCUCCUCCGAAGCCUCCAUCCCGCUCUGAGAGCAUUCCACUUUUAGACCGGCUUAGUCUGGAAGACACUGUAAUGAGAGAGCCACCCAGCUACCGUCGUGACCUUUCCCCUAUGGAGCGUGCCUAUCGAGAGUCGACCCUUCUCCGAGGGGCUUCUCGUGAUGGCACCUUUCCCCGUGUUCGGACACCUGACUCAGAUUCAGCUUUCCGGAAUUACAACUCAUUACUGAGGGGCCGCUCUCCAGUGAGAGGUGGGGACAGACACGAUGCGUAUCGCAGAGAUGAGUCUCCGGUUGCAAGCUCAUACCGAACAAGGAGUCUAGGUCGAGACCUGUCUCCCAUUCGAGGGUUCCGUGAUGAGGAAGAAGAGGAGGUUGAGUCUCAGCUGAGUGGGUAUUAUAGCCCGCUCCGAUCCAAUUACAGCAGAGCCAACAACAACGUACCUGAGCCAAGGAGGAAUGCCUACAGAGAAAGCCCCAAAGAUCUCAGCAUCUGAUCAGUUCGGCUAGAAGGACCACACACCCAGAGCCCAAUAUCCACUCGAGCCUUCAUCCAAGGACUGCGCAGACCCUGGAUACUAAAUUAUUGAUUUGAAAUCUGGUGUUUUUUCAUGGUUGAGCAUCUUUACAACUCUCAACAGCAGAAGAAUGAUUUUGUCUCUUUCCAUUGAAGUGUCAUUAUUGCUUUCUUUUAUGACCCUUUUUAUAAAUCUGCUAGCAGUUCUACAGAGUUUGACAACUAUGUAUAAAGGAAACGAUUAUGUGCCUAACAGUACCAUUCUUGGUGUAUUUUUUUGCUUUUUCAAUCAUUUUGUUUGACAAAGGACAGCCUUUUGGACUACUAUCUGAUUCGGAAACCUUUAGUUACAGAGAGCCCUCUCAUGCACCGAGCAGCUCAGCCAACGUGGUGCUCAGACAUAUACUGUGCAUGUCUUUACACUUUCAAUGUCCUUUCUCUUCUUUAUUUUCUUUCUCUUCCCCAGUGCCACUGUUUUUUAGACAUUUGACCAGAGUAUAGCACAAGCCUGCAUUUGUUUGUAUAUUUUUGACAGUUUGCAGUAUGUGUACAUUCAGAGGUGAUCAUUUUAAAAGAAUGAAGGGAUAAUGAAAUAAAACUAUGAUGAUAACGUUCAAAAAAUAAAAACAGUAUAUAUACACACA